AUGUCUUUCUCCAACACAGACACCGGCGACAAGCCCGCCGACCCCUACAAGGCAGCCAAUGCCGACACCAGUGUCUCGGUCGAGCAGAAGAUAACCGACUUGAGCAACUUCAUCGACGCCAGCAAGUUCGGCAUGAUGACUACACGGGAUGCCAGUUCCGGCAAGCUUGUGUCACGAUGCAUGGCCGUGGCGGCCAAGGAGUCUGGCGGAAUUGACCUCCUCUUCCACACGAACACUGAGUCCCACAAGACGGACGAGCUUCAGGACGACUCCCAUGUGAAUAUUUCCUUCCUGAACGCUUCUGGAGAGUGGGCCUCCAUUUCAGGAACGGCAACCGUGCAGACCGAUCGGGAGCUGGUCAAGAAGCACUACAGUCCUAUUCUGAAGACGUGGCUGGGAGAUCUCGGAGAUGGCAAGCAUGACGGAAGCGAGAACGACCCUCGCAUCGGUGUAAUUCGCGUGAAGACAGUCACCGCAACGUACGCUGUUGUCGCGAAGAACUUCAUCAGCCGGGCGGCCGACAUUGCGCAGGGUGCUGUGACGGGCAAGCCUGCUGCUGUCAACAAUUUGAGGGAGGUCACAGAGGCUGAGAUCACGCAGUGGAGAAGCGUGCAUUAG